AUGAGGGAAAGAUGGAAUGAUUAUUUCAGUGAAAAUCCAACAUACACUGAUACUCUUUUUCGCCGACGAUUUAGAAUGAACAAACCGUUGUUCAUGAAAAUUGUUGAUCGACUCUCCAAUGAAAUGGAAUUCUUUCGACAAAAACGAGAUGGUCUCGGAAGGCAAGGUCUCUCUACACUUCAAAAAUGUACAGCAGCCAUUUGUGUCUUGCCAUAUGGUACUGCGGCUGAUGCGGUUGACGAAUACCUCAGGCUCGGUGAAACUACUACUCGGUCAUGUGUCGAACAUUUUGUGGAAGGAAUAAUACAUUUAUUCGGCGAUGAGUACCUAAGAAGACCAACACCGGCUGAUCUUCAACGUCUACUUGAUAUUGGUGAGUUUCGUGGAAUUCCCGGGAUGAUAGGAAGCAUCGAUUGUAUGCAUUGGGAGUGGAAGCAUUGUCCCACCGCUUGGAAAGGGCACUUAAAUGAUAUCAAUGUUCUUGAUCGCUCACCUGUUUUUGAUGACAUAAUAAAUGGUCAAGCUCCGCAAGUCACUUUCUCUGUCAAUGGAAGAGAGUAUCAUUUGGCUUACUAUCUGACCGACAGUAUUUAUCCGAAAUGGGAAACUUUUAUCCAAUCUAUUUCAUUACCACAAGGACCGAAAGCGGCUUUAUUUGCUAAACAUCAAGAAGCUGUCCGAAAAGAUGUCGAGCAUGCUUUUGGAGUCUUGCAAGCUCGCUUUGCCAUUGUUAAAAACCCUGUACUUUUUUGGGAUAAAGCCAAAAUUGGGAAGAUUAUGAGAACAUGUAUCAUACUCCAUAAUAUGAUAGUAGAAGACGAA